AUGGGUUUUAAUUCACGUACACUAGAAGUCACGGUUAUGUCAGGUGAAAACAUUCAUGUACCUGAGGAUGCAUACGUUGUUGUUCGAGGUGAGUCUCUUGAUUGUUACACGACAAAAACUGUGAAAGAUAACAAGUCGAGUUUUCUUUCGUGGAAUGAGAAGUUUCUGUUGGACAUGCCAUUGCAUGCAAGGUCAAUCACGUUUGAAGUGCAAUGCAAAAAAUUCAAAGGCGUUCGCCCUAUUGGAGUGGCGAGGAUCGCGGUUGCGGACUUUCUUAGCGGAAGCGAAUCGGAAAAUUGCAUGCAAGUUUUGAGGUAUAGAUUGAGGGAUUGGGAAGGGAGGAAAAAUGGAGUUAUUAAUUUUGGUGUGAGGGUGGUUGUGCCGGAGAAAACAUCGGUUACCACGGCGGAAAUCGACACCGUCAUGAAUGGAAAGAAGAAUUAUGGUGGCAAGAAUUCUAAUGGUGUUGUUAUUGGUAUUCCUAUUUGGUGGAACUACCCUAAUGUUAUUUAG